UGUGUUUACCAGGGGGAAGAGCAGGAAAGAGAGAGGGUGAGUGGGGGAGCGAGCGAGAGAGAAAACUUUUCAGUUUUAAAGAGCUGGAAGAAGCGUGCGCUGGAGCGGCGACCAUGCAGGAGGAGUCGGGGGAACUUGAGUGCAGUGAGAGCAAUGGCGUGCUGGUGUGGUCAUGUCCCCUGUGUCAACAAGGACAGACUGACAGAGAUGCACUUGCUCUGCACCUGACCCACAGACAUAGUGUGCUGCCUGCCUGUCUGGACAGAUUGCUAGAAAGUGCUGUUCCAGUUGACUGUGCCAGCGAAGAUGAUGUGGAAGACAAAGCUCAAAACAACAUAGAUUGCCCCUGUCCACAGCAGAUGCCAUUGGAGAUAUCUAAGGCUUCAUCUGAUCCUUCAGAAGCUGAUGUAAAUACUGAAGGAUCUAACCAGGCUGCUGGCAAUACAUUGUUUCUCAGUGGUUCCGGGGUCAAACCUGCUUCUUGCCAUGAAAAAGAGAUUAGAGGAGGAGGAGCAAGAGACCAGGAAGAAGCUGAGGAGGGCAGCUUGGAGCCCAGCCUAGAAAGAACUGAACUUCCUGAUUCAAUGAAAUCUGAAAUGGGAUCCUCCAGUGCUGCUGUUGAUAAUGACGGGUCUGUCGGUAAAAGUAGUUCAGCGGUUUCUGGCGACUCAUCACUUGAAAAAUUUCUUGACCCAAACUGUCCCUUCAAGUGUCACACGUGUUUGGAGUCAUUUACUUCCAAAAGUGUAUUGAGUAUCCAUUACAGUUCACCCACCCACCUGCAACGGAUUAGAACAGCUUGGGCAAAACAAGGUGGUGAAAAUGACUCUUCCACCUCCAUCCAACCAAAUCUGAUUCGCCCGUUUAAAUCCAGCAAGCCCUACCAGUGUGCUGUGUGUCGCGUGUCUUACAAUCAUGCAAUCACUUUGGAGAGUCACUUAAAAUCUGUGCUGCAUCAGACUCGUAGUCGAAAUUCUGCUGUGUAUCAGACUCGUAGCCGAAGGUAUGCCAGCAGUGCAACUGGAAAUUCUGGGAGUAAAGGCACUGGGAAUUGCGGGAAUAGUGUAACAGCUACAAGCUCAACCGUUGCCUCUGGGGAUAGUGCUACCCAGGCUGCCAGUGCCGCCACAGGAAAUUGCGGUAACCCAGGAAGCCUGGCUGCUCCAGCCAUGAUGACCAAAGAUGAAGAGCAAAUGAAACCCCAUCCAGUUCUCUCUCUGCUGUCCUCUCCUGUGGCCUCAGCUCAGGCAGUCUCUGCAUUUCUUACUCUCCUCACAUCCAGUUCUCCCUCCCUUUCUCCUUCUCUCCUGCCCUCUUUGUUCACAGUGAAUGCCAGUGCCUCUCCAGCCACACCUGCCCCUCAGCUGAUACCGCAGCAGCAGCUCCUCCUGCCCCUCUUCCUGAACGGACUCCAAGCUCAGAACCAGAGUCCAAACCCUGAAUCCAGCAAUCCUAUUCUGACGCAGCCUGUCUCAAUUUUGGGUCUCAAUGCUGCACAACAGGCUCUUUUGGCCCAAAGACUCAGUUGCUUGCAGAACCUGGGAUUGGCAGUUGGAAACUCUGCAGCUGCUCAGACCUUUGCAGAAGAAAAGGAGAUCAGAGACUCUGGAGAGGAAGAGAAGAUGGUAGAGGAACAGCACAGCCCCCUACCUAGUGGAAAGACAAAUGGCGAAGAGGAUAAAUAUGGAAAGAGAAGCAUGCCAGAGGCAAGUGAGCAUGGAGAGCAGGCAGGGUCAAAUUUGAGUGUUGAUGAAGAGGUGGAGGGAAAGACAGUUUCUGAAGUGUUUUGUGGAGAAAUCAUUCAGCCAAAUCUUCACUCCCCAGCUGCUUCAAAUAAAGUCCCUGUUGACAGCCCUUCACCAGGCAAUGCGUCUCUGACCAGCAAUAUCAGCCAUAGCCCCAUCCACCUGAACUUUACACUGAGCCCUGAUACCACGCCACAAAAAUCCCACACUGAUACCAGCCUAAGCCCAAGUUCAAACCACAGUUCCAGACACUCUCCAAGUGGUCCCAGCAUGGAGAAUAAAUUUAAUUUUGCAAGACCCAGCCACGUCAACACUAUUCCUGCACUGAAUCUUCAGGACCCUGCUUGUAGCAAUGCAAAUGUGAAGCCUCCCAACCCCAAACCUGGAACUCCAACACUGUCAGAGUUCCAACACCAGGUAUUGUGGGCAUUCCUAGAAUCGCGCAGUGAUGCAGAUGCAGCCAGCCCUCCCCAGGAAGACUGUGAAGCCCUAAGCCUAGAGGUGGGUCUAGAGGUGGAGAAGGUACGCAGGUGGCUCUGGGAUGCACGGGAGGCUCGAGGUAGAGGGAGGCUAGAAACUGAGCAUGCCAGCUGUAAGGUGGUACCAAAAGACCCAGAUGUUGAGGGUACUGAAAGGGCUAUGGAUCUAGAACCCGAGGAAGGGGAAGGUGUCCUUACAAUUGAUGAGUCGGAGGGUGCUGACAGUCUGGUCAGGCAUAGCUGUGCCAUGGAUUUGUCCGGCAGUGGGGAGAGGGGGAAAGGGCAUGAGAGUGAGAACCAUGGUGGUGACUCAGACAAGGAAGAUAUCUACACAUCUGUCAUUGUGACAGACGAGGAGAGCCAGGACAGCUCUAUGAGGGAAGAGUCUGUCAGCCCAUUAAGAUUAGACAGACGAGAACCAGUGGCUCAGAAAAAGGAUAAAUGUGGAGGGAAAGUUCUUCGCUCCUCUACAGUAUUUCUUUCUGACGCAGAAGAUGAAGAGGAUGAAGAAGGAGGAACCCAGAAAAUGAAGAGAAAAAUGAAGCGGGAGAUGGAAAAUGAGGAGCCUGAUAUCAAGAGGGAAAGACUGGACCCUGAUGUAGAUUUGGAGUUGGAAGCUCAGGCAGACCCUCCUGCUCCUCUUCAUGUAGAGCAGCAAAGUCUUUUCAGGAUUGGUGGUCGUGACAUUCUACAUUCUCUUCCCCUCUCCCUUUCUCUUGCUCCCUUUGCCACACAGUUUAUCAGCCCUUAUGUUCUCCAACUUCCUGCUUCGGCGGUGGGAUUAGGCAUGAAUGCUGGAGAAGAACAUCGAGGAAAGGCUCCUACUUUCACAAACCCCCCUGCAAUCACCCGUUGCUCUGGUCCCUUUUCUGAUCCUCGCAAAGCACCGCCUCCUGCCUCCCACACCCCUCCCUCCCAGUUCCUACCCAAUGGAGAAGAUUACGAGUCUGCGCUGGAUCUCAGCAUUGGGAAAAACCACAGCUCUACUACGUCAUCCUCAUCCUCUUCUUCUGCUUCUAUAAAGGACGCUAUUGCUCAUAGAGACCGUUUGCUUGAUGGGCUCGGAUUCAAGCCAACAUCUGUGGGUGUAGCUGGUGCAGGUGGUCUCAUUGUGGUCCGUGUCAAACCUGAACAUGCUCUGGCUGUCCCAUCAUCCACUAACAGCAACACUGUAAACAUCAGCAGCAAUAAUAAUACCAAGACUAAUUCUGCGUACAGAACAGCACAGCAAGUAAGCAACUCUGUGAAGGACCGAGGGAGAGAAAAGGAGAGUGAAAAGGACAGCAAAAAUCCCAAGGCACAGCGGUACAGGGACAUUAGGCGUUCUCGAACUAUCAUUCAUACCGAGCAGCUGGAUGUGCUGUAUGGCUGCUACUUCAAAGACCCAAACCCCGGAAAACAAGAAUUUGAGCAGAUAGCAGAGUGGGUCCAUCUCCCUAAGAAGGUAGUUCAGAUCUGGUUUCAGAACAUGAGGGCCCGGGAACGUAAGGGGGAGGUACGUUUCAUAAGUGACGGCACUUUGGCGGCAGUGGGGAAGCCUCUCAUUAAGUUCACCUGGCCCCUAACUCUGCCCAUCUUCUCCAGCAGCCCCAAAUCAAACCCUAGUGCACUUGGCAGCAGCGGGGUGACAAAGGUUUCUGCUGCAGCCAGUCCACCUGUCAUUCAUCCAAAGACGCGAAUAAAGAUGGAGCAACUGAAAGAGGAGGACAAAGAAGCCCCUAUUGUGCCCAGGCCCAAGUUGGAGAGACAGAACCCAGCUGCAAAGGCGAAUAUAAUCCCCAAAGCAAAGGCUUCAACCGCUGCUGUACCUGAAGUAGUCAUGGAGACCCAACCUCCACUGCCUUACUCUUCCCUGAAAAGCAAAGGAGAUGAGGAGGAGGAGGAAGAAAGACAAGAGAGAGAGGAAAUCACAGAUGAGGAAGAAGAGGAGCAUGUGGUAGAAAAAAUUUUGCCAGGAGCCACCAAUCGCAUGAUACCGAAACAGUCCACCUCCACCAGCAAGCCCACUGCUUUGGGCUCUCAAAAACACAAUGGACUUAACUACUGGUCCCCUAAAGGACCAUUCAAGAUCAACACCUUGACAAGAGAACAGCUGGGCCUCUCUACAGCUCGCACCCCCGCGGUGUUAGCACCUGCACCUGCUGCUACCACCUCUACUCCGCCCCCUACGACCAUAAAAUCCAGCCAUGUGGAACGCGCCUUCGUCCACCACUCUUCGCCCCGGCGGCCGCGGACACACCUGAGCUCCCUGCAGCUGUCCAUUCUUCAGUCAUGCUAUGAGACUUGUGCGCAUCCAAAUGCGCUGGAUUGCGAGACAGUGGGGACUGAGCUGGGGUUGCCGCUCAAGGUGGUACAGAUCUGGUUCCAAAACACACGCGCCAAAGAAAAGCGCUGGCGGCUGCAGCAGGAGAAGCAGCUCCCAGGUGCAACAGAUUCCAAGAAGGUAGAGUUCCGUGCAGGCAGCUAUCUUCAAUACAGUGCACUCCGAGCCAACCGUCCCAUCCUACCAAAACCAGUUCACUUGACGGAGGUGGAACCCGCUGCAGGCUCUGUCCAGGGCCAGUCGGCAGGGCAGGAGACCCUCAGAGGCCGAUGUGAAGUGUGCGCCGUUUCGUUUGAAUCCCGAUCAGCAGGCAGAGCCCACGUUUUCUCCGCAGGGCACCUGGCCACGCUGAGAGCCACUAACUUUGGCCAGCCGCCCUCACUCAUCAACAGCAGCUCAGCCCCUGGAUCUGGGUCUGGUGUGGCUGCACUGUCUUCAUCCUCUUCCCCAGCUAUCAGCACCAGCAAAGGGAAAGAUCUGGAAUCAGUGGUACGGACACUGAGCCUUUGCUUUUAAUGGACACAGACAUUUCUGGGUCCUGGUCUUUAAACAAUUGGUUUUUUUUGGUCUCUGGUACAACAAGCAUCAGCUAAACAUUAUCUACAAAGCUCUUAGUAUCAAACAAGGCCAUUUUGAAAACACACUGAUUAAUUUCUUGCUGGUUCACUAACAGUAAUAAUGAUGACUGCUUUUUGCUCUGGCUCUGAACAGAUCCUCUUCUGUCACCAUCCGUCUGACACAAGUGUAAGAUCCCUUUUCACACCUGUUUUACUUAAUGAUCCUCUAAAUAAUUUACUAAUGAACAUCCUAUCCCAAAGCAUCCUCACCCUACUCUCACCGCUGCUUAGACCAAGGAGUCCUCCUGGUAAUGGAUUCAACUUCCUGGCCUCCAUGUUGUAUUUUGGGUAAAAUCCUGAUGAUAUGAUUUUGGACCCAACACUGUCUGUAGUUGUAAUAUGUUAUGAAGAUUGCUCUGACAAAUCUGUAAAAAUUGAAUCCCACUACAGUUUGUUGUACAGGAUCAGAGCAAUGAUGAUUUCUGAUCCAUUUCAUGGCAGAAGCAGGCAGAACUUAUGCACGGAGCUACUGUACUCCUAGUUGAAUCAUAUCUACAGGGUUUAUGGUGUAGUCUGCAUUUGUUGUAGGGCCUUUUUUGCACUGCAUUGUCUUACACAAGAAGUGCUGGGGUUUGGGCAACAUUGAAUACAGACACUUAUACACGCAUUCUGUCUGAUUAGGCACUACAACAACUUUUAGCACUGCACAACAAGGUAGAGCAGAUUGUCUGAAUGGGCCCUGGGAUAAUAGUACUACAGCUUUGGAACUGCUGUCUAGAGUUGAGCCUUUAACCAAAAGGGUAAACCCACUCUUGUACACACUUUUAUUCAAAAGACAAUCUCAGAGAGAGAGAGAGAGAGAGGGAGAGAGGGAGAAAAUGGAAGAAAGGUGUGAGUGUAAAGGUGGUGUCAGGUUCUAAUUACACAGCCCUUUGAUCCAUUUUAUGUUUUACAAAACAAGCUGUGGCCAUUGUACGCAAAAUGCAGGCCUGCACUGAUACAGGGUGUAGUUUUGUGCAGGCUAAAUAUGAAAUGUAGUUUCUGUGUUAUCUUGAACAAAUAAAAUGUCAUCUUGACUGUUGAUAGUUUAUUUUUUUCCGCAAUUUGUUUACAAAGGCAUACAUUGCACAUGGUAAAACCUGGACCAAAAGGCUGUGGAAUAAGAGUUUUUUUUUCAGUCCUGACAAAAGUUUUAAUGAGUAUUUAAAAAAAAUUCAAAAUACAAUUUUUUUGAGCCCCAAAAUAAGAUUUAAAAAUGUAUUUUUCACAUCAAAAAAUAUUUUAAAGAAAUUAUUUUGUACAAUGAAUCUGUGAACUUAAUAUGACAACCAUCAUGUGCACCCCUGUAUACCUUUGCCUUCUAUAUUGAAACUUGCGACUCAGUGGAAGGAACUGGAUAGAUCGGCACGGAUCUCUCAUUCUCAUUACCAUCAGCACAGACCAUUUUCUAAAGGAGCAAACCAAACCCAGGCUGACGUGAAUGGGAAAAGAACAGGGUCUGAUUUCUUUGAAGAGGAUACAAAACCUUUUUCAUCCUUCCUCUUGAAGAAUUUUUUGUAAGGGUAUAUGUAUCGCAAACUAGAACUGGCUAGGUACUGUGUAGCAAGCCAUGCAGUAAGACAAGAAAGCAGAGAAGGGAGGUUUCUGCAGUGGUGUACCGACACUGAAACUUCACGGUGAUGUGGAUGGGCAAGUGCAGCACGAAGUUGCUGUUGAAGGAUGCAUGAAAUGAUUUUUUUUUCUUCCUUUGAUAUUAAGUUGUAUAUUGUUAUUAAUGUUGCUAAUGAUGAAAAACUAAACUUUUUUAAAGAAAUAUAUUAAGAAAAAAAACUUAUUCCAAAGUUACUUUUCCUUUGCUUUCUGUCAUUUUUAAACACCAAAAAGCAAUCUUGAGGUUGACAGAGUGGUAAAGAUGAAUAGAUAUUUUUAAUGCAAUCUGUAAAGAAAUCCAGUUUCUUCUCUGAAAAGGUCCAGGAUUUUAUGCAUGAGCUACAGAUUAAUAAUUUUCAUGUAACUCAACAUAAGUUACCACAUUGUUUCAUAUUGACAGACGUGCUAAAGUUGUAUGAUGUGUCGGUGAUUUUGCGCAUUCAGAUGAUCACUGUGUACAUGAAACUGUAGCUUGUCCAUAAAUCCAGGAUUGGGUCCCGAUGCUGUGCUAAAAGAAUGGAAUCUCUCACAAUGUUACACUUUCCAAGUUAGCUAGACGUUAUGGAGAUGGGCUUUAUAUUCUAUUCACUUUCCUGUGUCACUUGUUAUCACUAUUAUAAUAACUGUACUACUUCUGCUAUUAUUACUGCUAUUAUCAUCACUGUUUUGGUUAUUGAUUCAUAAUGGUUAAUAUGGCACCUGCGAACUCUAAAUGAGAUGGUAUUGGUAGGAAUAUUUAACAAUAAUGGUGACAGUCUUGAUAUAAUACUUUAGGAUACUGAUUGUUUUUUCCUCACUUGUAUCUUUUGUGUUCUCCAUUCUGUUUUUUUUUUGUUGUUUUUUUUUUUGGUUUACAGAAAAGGAAAAAUAAAACCUGUAUCUCUUGGGGGGACAUUCA